AUGCAACGCCGUGCGGCUGUUACCGGCCUCAGUUAUAUGCGUCGCUGCUCAGCGUCUACUGGAUUGCAUUAUAACUUAAUUUCUGAGCAUCAAAUUCGGCCUUGGACUCAGCAUAAGGUAGCACUUGCGUCUGACAAAAGGAGCUUUUCCAGUUCGCCUUUUUGGUGUAAAAAGAAGGACAAGACGAAAGCUACAUCUGGUGCAGAUUCUGGGAAGCCGCUGCCAAAAGUAGGCGCAAGUUCUGAAGACCCGCAUGAUUUUUCACAGCUGCAUGAUGGCAUAGCGGCUGCCCUGUCUCGACUCAGAGACGAGCUCUCUAAGAUGCGUGUGGGGGGGAGGUUUAACACCGCAUCAAUUGAGAGUCUUCGUGUGCAGCUGAACAAGAGCAGCAAGCAAUCGAUUAAGCUGGGCGACCUUGCCCAAGUUGUUCCUAAGGGUGGACGGAUGGUGACUAUCUUGGCAUCUGACGAAGAUCAUGUGAAGCCCAUUCGAUCGUCAAUAAUUUCCUCCAACUUGUCGUUAACUCCGCAAGCCGACCCUCACAAUUCUCUUCAGCUCAACGUCACGAUCCCCCCACCGACUAAAGAGUCUCGGGAUCAAACGAUCGCUCUGGCAAAGGCAGCAAUGGAGAAAGCUGCCGGUGCCGUCCGUGAUUCACGCAGUGCUGUACAUAAACGUCUUCAGGAUUUGCAGAAAAAGAAGAUUGCCAGGCCAGAUGACGUUCGGAAGGCCCAAGAACAGAUGGAAAAGCUUGCAGAGAAAGGUCAGAAGGAAGUGAAGGAACUGUUUGAGGCUACAAGGAAGGCUAUGGAGCGGGCGUAA